AUGGAGUUGUACGAUUCCGUACGCUAUGGUUCGGUGUAUAACAGAAUUUUCCUCUCGAGCGAGACGUCCGAUUCGUGCGACAAUGGUUCCGGGGGCGGUGGUUCAGGAUCGAAAAAGGACGCAAAAUCGAAGCUGCUGCUGGAACCAAAUCUGGACCGGUACGAAGUGGCCUCGAACGCGUCCCGUUUUGCGGUAUACCACGCGGUGCGCUCGAUUGUCCUGGAACGGGAAACGACGGCACGUCCUGCGGUUUCGUCUAUGCGAAUAAUCGAUACAGCGCUAGACGAGCCCAAAUCCAUCGGUCAUGCACAGUCGGGUGCAUCGCAGCGUGUCCCGCAAAUCGUGCUAGCGGGAUUAGAUAGUUUGUACGGCAUAAUAGUAGAAACGCGCCAGAGUCAACCACGGAUUGCAACGAAAGCUCUUCGUUCGCUGUACGACAUACUGCAGGGACAAGAUCCGGAAGGCAUGCGUCACGAACCGGACGCGGUAUUCGGUCCUUUGUUUGACCUACUACUCGAGCUAGCAACGACCAACAGCCCACCAUCGGCGGCAAGUGGCGCAUGGUCAUCGCUAGCCUGUUCGACAUUGCUUUCCCUGGCCAUUGCCAAAGGUGACACGGGUCGUAUGGUGCGUGCUGUUGCGGCCAUACUGAUGAACUCGGCACACGGUUCAAUCAACAUCAGUCCCUCCGGUAGCUCCGUCCAGAUGCCUCAGAGUGUCGCAAAGCUGCAGCGUACAAUUUUUUCCAUGGCCACGGGACGUGCCACCAUUGCCGACUACUUUCGCUGCGGUGUUCCACGCGGUUGUCUCAUUGGGGAGUUUCGAUUACCCCUAGAAUCGUCCACCGUUCAUUCGGUGGCAUCGGAUGGUAAAUAUCUUUAUCUAGUCACCGCGAAAGGUCUUUUAAAAAUUGGCUCCGGCUUCAACGGAACCCAGGAAGGACUCAUUUAUGGUGCGCUAACGAUCACGAACACCAAGAAUGAGAUCCCCGGAUGGAUAGGAUAUUCUGGGGGAAAGCUGUACUACGGUCGCACCAACAAGCUGGCAUUAAACAACGGGUGGACAUUCCAAUUAUACGACCCAACAACCCUCACAGCAUUAGGCACCGUUCAAACGGCACCUAUUCCCGCAAUACAGCGUCGCUACGGUCAACUCUUCUCCGAUGGGGAAGCUAUCUGUUGGCUUGGUGCGGUAUCAGAUUCCGUCCGCGACCCGAGCGAUAUGGACGACCAAGAGGAAGACAUCCUCGUCGUGAAGCAGCUGUACCCUCCCGUUCCUACGACUUCUUCUGGAGGAUUAACACAGAACGAACAAAGGCCGGAACUACGCUUAAAGCUGGCCAAAAAUCGAUAUCAAACGUACGGUUGGGCAGCGUUCGAAGAAGAUCUCGUUGAUAACGUCGGCAUACAGCAACCGUCCGCUGGUGUUUCGGUGCUAGAUAGCAACCCGCACGGUGGAACCAUCCAAUCGAUCUCUUGCGGAAAAGAGUUUGGUCUAGUGCUGGCGGAUGAUGGUAAAGUUCUGUACUGGGGUCGUGGUACUGCCCUAGGGUUGAAGACUUCCGCAAAUGUAGCUGGUGCGGUUGGUUGCGUUUUGAGCGCUCCAAAAGCAACGAUUUCCAUGAAGCUGAACGAACUGAGUGCGCUACCGAAAGGGAUCACCUGCUUCCGGCAGGUAGCGGUUGGCCAUGAAGCUAACCAUGGACUGCUAUUGACUGGUGAUGGGACAGUUUACUUCACUGGAACAGCUAAACGCGGAGAAGAUGGCGAAUUGGCCAAGACCAACCGGCGACAACCUAAGGCGAUCAAGCCGAAGCGAUUGAACAAAUUGGAUGGACAAACCAUCACGUUUGUAGCGUGUAAUAAUGGCACAUCGGCUUUUGUGACAAAAGAAGGCAAACUCAUAAUGUACGGCAAGGACACUAACUACUGCGAACCCAACGGGGUUGUUGGUGGUCUCACUGACGUGGUUAUCCGAAAGGUGGCUCUCGGAAAGGCGCAUUGUGUGGCAGUUGAUGCACUUGGCCAGCUGUAUACGUUCGGUUUGAACAAUAAAGGACAAUGUGGCCGAAAGUUUCAGCGAGAACGAAAUGUGGAUGAGCUGGUGUGCACAAACGCGACCAAUGAGACAACGGUCGGGACGAAUACGGAUCGCACGGGAAUAAUUCCAUUAAAUCAUUCCAACGCGUUAAAUUCCACGUGCAACGCUUGUCACAGUACAAAUCCGUCGGCAACGAAUACGGAUCCUCCGGCGGCUAAAUGCGGCUGCGGGUGCGGAUGUUGCUGUCACUGUGGAAAUUCCAGCGGUGGCGUUAAUGCUGGCGCAUCAAAUCCAAUCUCUUCCAACGAUGCCGAUACACCGCGUAUCGUUCCCGUGCCGCCUCAGCGUGUGGAUCUUCCACACACCGGUCUCGAUGCCAGGAGGCCUCCAAUCGUUACCCAGAUAGCAUGUGGACAGCAUCACUCGUUGGUGCUUACGUCCGCAGGGGAAGUGUACAGCUUCGGCAGCAACCAGUACGGUCAGCUAGGAACGGGCGAUCUUCAGGCACCACCCGGUGGACGGCCACAUUUUGUACGCUUCCCAACGGGUGCCGGAACGAUUGUAUCCGUUGCUGCUGGCAGCAAUCACUCGGUCGUAUUGACCAGUCGUGGAGCCGUGUACACCUUUGGCAAUCAUCACAAAGGUCAGCUGGGUCGAGAGCCUCCGACAGGCCGGGUGGAUAACGCUAGUGAUGGUAGUUUUUUCUGGCAUUGCGCUCCUGUGGCGAUCGAUUCGUUUGGACCUGGUACGGGUCGGCGAGCAUCGUUCAUUGCGGCUAGCGGAGAUCAGACAUACGUCAAGGUAGAGGAAUCCCUCAUAAAUGGUGCGGCUUUGGCGAAAUACAGCGUAACUGCCAAUCGGUCUACAAUUUUACUGAUACCGAAUAAUCAACACCACAUGGCCGGUUCCAUCACGAUCGAUCGACGCACUGGUCACUGUCGUGCGCAUAAAACCAACCAGUUCGAUGCGCGUGUUGAGUUGAGCCCAACAAAUGCCGGGUUAAAAGAAGGCUUUCGAAGAAAUCGCUGGCACUUUGCGUUCACCCUCGAUCCGCUGUUUAACGUGCUGUGGGGUUACGAUGCCAUCCGGAAACGGAUGCUCAUCUUCAACCCGAUUGCAGCAGAGUUAUAUCGGCGAAAAUCGAAGCGCAAACAUCCACCAAACCUCCGUGCACCGGACCCUGCGGAUCAUACGGAUUCGGAGAAGAACGAUCCAUCACGCUACGGUGCCCAUGAGCCGUUAUCCGUGCUAAGUCCAGAGAUAGCACUACCUCAGCGGUGGAAUGGAUGUGAGGUGCCUCGGUUUCAGCUCGCGUUGAAUCUACUCGCUUGUUUGGAUGUUCUGACGGAGUCAACGGAACGUCUGGGACCGACCGGACAAUGGCCCCCGUUCGAACCGACCAUCGAUGGAACCUCGACCGUCGGAGCGACUUCUUCGCCUCUGGACGGGAAUGUCAACGUCAAUGCAUCGGAUUGGUUCACAGGUUCCCGAAGCGGCAGUGCAUUUGGCAGCGGUCGUCAGGUGAAGCUUUGUGAUCUUGCAUCCGAAGACGACCCACAAGAGGAAGAUCUUCCAGAUCAACGAUCGGUUCUGCUCACACCAACGUUUGGCUCAGGCAGCAUCGACGAGGAGGUUCCGGCCAUCCCUGCGCUGAAUCGUUGGAAUAUAGGCAACGUGGAGGUGUCCGGCAAUGGAUUUUCCGUUUCGGCCGCCGCGAAUGAUGGAAGAUAUCCUUUUCGUACCGGCCGAGUGAAGCCACCAACUGGUAGUGCGUCAAGUGUACAGUAUCGUCGCAAAAAAACUGCAUCAUCGAGUGGAACAACCGGAGGAAGUCAUGCGUUUAGCAAUUUUUGCGCGGAAGAUAGUGUGCUAACACUGUGCCCGAUAUCGCGUCGCUUUGCCACGGGAAUCAACCGUGAAACAUUCGAAUCCUUAACGGCACUGCUAAGCUGGGCCUGGAACGCAUUUCGCAACUUAUCUGGGGAGCAGAAGAAGGGCUCUUCUGGUGGGAUGAAAACAUUUUCUACAAAUCCGAUGACGUCGAACAAUGCGGGUCUUAUUGGAGAGGCGAAGCUUAUCGUUCGGCUGUCGUUCAUCUGCAGAGCGUGUUUGCGUUUGUUACGUCGGUACUUGAACGCAAUCUACCAUCCGACCGGAUCCCGUUCAACGGAAGACGACGCUGAGAAUCACCUCGACGAUCAGCUGCGAUCGGAUUUUUGUUCACCUUUCGGACCCAGCCAUCAAGCAUCCUGCUCACCAAUGUCCUCGUCCACGACGCAUCCAAUGUCCUCAUCAGUCGCCGGUAGCCAUCAAUCGCUGGCUUUAGCCGUGAUCGAAAUUCGUACCCUACUGAUCGACAUUCUGGCUGAUCGUGUUACAUUGCCUGUGAUGGAGCGAACGAUGAGACGGCAGCUGUGCAAGGCUAAACGGGAAGUGUUGGCCGAAUGCCAUCGUACGUUCGUGCGUUGCUUUGACAUUUUCUACCCAACACCACCCCUGAAGUGGGAGGUCCUGUGCCGACGGUUGCUACUACUGCAACGGUACAGCGGACGCUUGCUGUUGAGUGCCAUCCUAGCUGGGCUUUGCCAACCGUCCGUUAAUUUGAGGGUCACUUUCUCGAUCCUGUUGUCACCCUCCCAGGCACCGCCGAUGGCCGGACCAGCUUCAUCGAGUCGCCCGCAGUCGACCGGUUCCGGGGCGCUCAUUAUCGCCCGGAAUCGUGAUCUGCUGGCAAGUUUGAUCGAACAGAUGACGAGCGCCAGUGGUGGAGCGUCAAACAGUGCGGAUGUUGCUGGCCAAUCGGGAGCCAUAGGCGCGCACGUGCCAGAUUGGCAUUUCCGAGAUGUGCUGGAACAGUUGCUGGAGCUCGUUUCCGAUCCGGUGCGUAGAAAGCUGGAUCGUCUUGGGCGCCAUCGUCGGCGGGGAAGCAGCAGCAGUGGAAGCAGCAACAGUAACACCAGCAGUGCCAGCAGUUGCCGCAGUAGCGAAGGCGUUGAUUAUGAUUACGAGCUUGAUGAUGAUGAGGCAACGGAUGCGGCUGAAAACGGUGCACAUGAUACUGUAAGUGGACAGACGCGUGAGGAUUACGGCAACGAACAGGUGGAUGCAGGCAAUGGACAAUGGCCGAUGGUGAGAGGUUAUCGGAAGGAGUCGUUAGUGGACGCUGACAGUGAGGGUGACGAUGACGAUAGCGAUCAGGACGAAUGUCAGGAGGACGAUCAGAGCCAUGAGCGGUUGUUGAUUCGUAACGGUUGCCGGUUGCUGGCGAAACUGCUUUCCGAGAUCAUUCACCACGGGUGUGAUCCUGGGGAUAGGGAGCGAACGGAUUGCGGCGAUCAGGAGGAAACGGCUCAACAACCGGCAACGGAUCUGAUGGUUCCACCGAUGGCACCGAUGGGUGGCAGCAAUCGGUUGUUCAGCACGGGUAGCCGAUUCGGUAAGAUCGAUCUCGGCAAAACGUGGAAUACGGGCAACUUUGGACCGGAUGCGAUCGCUUUUACCGUCGAUCGGUCGGGCAUUUCUGUUGUGGGGGCUUGCGUCUAUUCUGGAUCCGGUAGCUACGAGUAUCAGCUAGAGCUGUUGUACGAUAGCCAUCACUCGAGCCACUCCCACACGUACACACAUUCGCACCGCUGGGAGGUCCUGGAAUCGAUCGUCGGAUCCUACGAUCAAACGGCCGUACGUCAGCACAUGGCCGAGCUGCGUUUCAAUCGAGCGGUUCUGUUAAAGGAAAAUCACCGUUACGCGCUACGUUUGUGCAGCCAAGGAGCACGCACGCUAUCCGGAGACUGCGGACAAUCGUCACUGCGAGGACCUUGUGGUACGGUUACGUUCCGUUUUUAUCCGUGCGACUUGAGCUUCAACGGAACUACACCCUCUCGUGGACAAAUACCGGCCAUUCUGUACUACUGCACCCCGGUAGGUGGAUCGGUUGGAUUUCCGCAUGGUGGCGUGAGUGGUCCUAACGGACGGGAGCUCGGUAACUGUCGCACACAGGCACGUGACCUUGCCUUAGAAGUGACACGUGCGAUCGUUGGACGAUGCCGGGAACUGUUGACGGUGGCGCAUGAGCUAGCGCUCUGGUCGAUGGCUUCACCGGGUAUGCGAGCUCCUUCGUCGUCCGAAUCGUCCUCGACACCUUCAUCUUCAGCUUCGUCGGGUGUUGUUGGGGGUGGAAUCGGUCUCGUUGGAGGUGGAAAUGGUGCCGGUGCUGGAAAUGGCGCUGGAGGAGUAGCAAUCGAUUCGGAGCACAAUAUAACACCUAUCGAGGAACACCUCGACGUAGGUUCGACGGGUUUAGUGGGUGUGAUCUCAUCAAAUGCGGCCGCAACCACAAUCGAACGCACCCGUCGAACCAUCGGUAAGGUCCUGCCGAAAGGAUUACUAGAAACACUGCGUGGUAGCGGCGGGUCAGGCAUCUCUUCAGCUUCGACAUACGAUCCAUACGAAAUAGAUUCUGCCUCGGAGGCCACUGUCGGCGGAGUAGUUGCUGCCGGAAGUGGUGCUAGUGGCGGAAGUACAACCGGUGGUGCAAGUGGCGUUGGUAACGGAAGCGUCGGAAUAUCAGCGGCCAACGGAAACGAAAUGGAGCUACCGGCAAGUGCAGCGAUGGUUCUUGCAGUUCCAAUUCGCAAGCGCACCGUAGGAGAUCUCUUUCGUUCUCGCACCACUCGAUCCCCUUCCGUAGUGAGCUGUCUGUUCCGGUACCUCUUGCCGUUGACUCUCGCCCAGCUGGAACGCUGCAUACGAAUGGACCUUAAGGUGUCUGUUGAGGUGCUUACGAUGGUGCAAGAGAUCCUGCCACCGAUCACGGCUCUGAACGAAUUACGACGCCGGAACGGUGCCAAAUGCUUUCCUCACAUGGCCAACAGUGGUUCUGCCGUUCCCGCAACAAUUACCUCAUCAGCAACGUGCAUGAACACGACCAGCCAGCACUACUGCAUUCUGGAGAGUGAUCAUCCGUACAAAACGGCAGGUUUGACCGCAUAUCGCGUACGUUUUCCAUCAACCGUUCGCUGGAUGUGCCUCACGUUCGACGCACAGUGUGGAACCGUACAGGAGGAAGAUCGUGUGAAGGUGAAGAUCCCUAAUCGUCGUGGUGCGGGUUCCGAAAAGCAACCGAUGGACGACUGGUGCACGGUGCGUAUGUACAAUGUUCCGUCCCGUUGGGCCUACGGUGGACCGGGUCGUGCGAUGGUGCUUCCUGGACGGGAAGUGGAAAUUUCUCUCGAAUCCUGCUCGACGUAUGUGAACGAACCCAAGCAGCAAGCGUACGGGUUUAAGUGUUUGGUGAUUGGGUACGAAAAUGCGGACCAAGUUCCAUCGGGUGAGACCGUUGGUGAUGGAAGUGCAACAUCCGGUGGUUCGUUGAUCGCACUGGAGCACGAGUUGGCUCAUCUUGGAGGACGGUGUGCACGCAAUCUGCUAAGGAAAGAGCUGCGUUUUGACGAUGAUCCGGAUGAUAGGCUGACGGAACCGGAAGCUGCCACACUGGAACGGUAUGGAGCAACGUUACUCGCCAAGGGUCUUAUGGUUCCGGAUGCCAUGCUGACUAUACGGAACGCUCUCGACUGCCACCUACCCGUACUUGAAAAGAACUAUGAGAAGCAAUUCCUGCGGGACUUCAUCUACGUAGCCGCUGGAUCUCCUGGAGCACGAUUGGCGGCAUGGCUGCAACCCGAAUCCCGGCUGGAUCCUAGUCGGUGUGAAAUAAAGAUCAUUUCACCCCAAACGCCACCACUGCGGGCAGGAUGGCCGUCUCACUUCCGGCUGGAAACGCGGGACCAAUAUGGCGAAGAGAUAUUUGUACCUGGCAUAAAGAUUGAAGUAAAGGCGUCCCUUAGGCGUGACGCAUCACUUAACGCAAUAACGCCAAAAGUGUCGCCCGGAACACCUACCGCCACACCCCCGUCCGUUCCGUACGAGCCGACGUACAAAGAGAAGGAGAAGAGCUGUUUGCAGGCAAUCAGCGCCAUGCGCCCGUAUCAUGGCUACUCGUUCGAAGAGCUCCGACUGUACGCGGCCAGCAUGAGCAGUACCAGCACAUCGACGAGCGCCACCACGGAGAUACUAACCGCGAACGAUUUGGGUAAAAAUAAGUACGGCUUCGUUUGGACGCCCAUCGUGGCCGGGGCGUAUGAGCUGACGCUGCAGAUCGACGGCGUGCCGGUGGUGGUGGAGGACGAGGAGGAAAUCUAUCGCCUCGAGGUGAUUGAUGCUGGGGGAGCCAGCGGUGGUGGCGGGGGCGCUGGGGGAAGCGGCGCAUCCGGCAUGCUGCCCAAGAUGCUUACCGGCGAGAAGGGCACACCGGGCGUGGGGCAAGGACUGAAGAAGGUGCAUCCGCCGACGAAGCUACGCAAGUUCCUGGCCAAGAACUCGGCGGGGUUGCGCGUACGUUUACAUCCGACGUUACAGUCGGAGCAGAUUGGCGUGGUACGACCGAACGGGAUCGUGGCCUACGGAGAUGAGCUCGAAAAUGAUGACGGCGUUUGGGUGCGCUUGACCGCGGAAUCCAUACGUGAGCACUGUCCGGCCUCAUGGUUCCCGGUCGAGGCGUGGUGCCUGCAGUACAACCAACACCUUGGAAAAACGCUUCUCCACCCGAUCGUGGACGCCAGCUCCACGAAGGUGCUGCUCGAGCAUACAACCGCCAAAGAGGAACCAUCCGUCGUGGACACGGCCGAGGACAUCGAGGCGGACGACUGCGACGGUGAAGGCGAGGAGAAUGAAAAUACCAUCAAUUACGGUGAUUUCCGGAAAGCCGCCACUGCCGCCUUGUCGGAGGUUGUCGGUGGUGGUGCAAAGGCACUGCAGAAGUGGUUCCAUCGUUCCGGAACCGAAGGUUCGCUGCUAGAUGAAACCACCCAAACGAAGCCAUCGCAUUUGCAAAUGUCCUCGAACCUGGUGCAGCAACAACAGCCACAGCAGCAAUUGUCGAAUUCACAGCAGGGGCAAACACCCCAGCAGGACCUUCAACAGCACCAGCAGCAACAAUCCUUCCAGCAGCAUCUCCCGAAGCGGGCUCUUUCGCCAUCGGUGGCUGAAACGUUACGGGCCGUGUUUGCAGCAUUCCUGUGGCACGAAGGGCUGGUACACGACGCGAUGGCCUGCGCGUCCUUUUUGAAGUUCCAUCCGACCAUCUCGAAGACGGCCGGCAUUGGUCUCGGUGUGGGACCGAUGGGGCUUGGCAAUCAGCCUGCCGAAAUGCCGAUGCAGACGACGGUACUGACCCGAGAGCAGAAGGUCCUUCAGCGCCAUUCGGUGGAGUUUUCCAAUGCCACUUUGGAUGCGCUCGAACGAAGCGGCAAUCGGUGCAUCAUGAACCGCAGGCAUCGAGGUAUUGGGGCUGGAUUUGCUGCUCUCGAUGGUGGCGGAACAUCGUCUUCGGUGGGGGCGAGUGCAGUACCUCCGGUUGCCCUGCGUUGUCUCGUGCACCUGUGGGACCAAUUGGGGUCGAAUUUUGUGCAGCUCGUUGAAACGAACUCGAAUGAUAAACGGAACGACGAUGGACAUGGAGCGAAGGAAUUGGCGCCGGGAGGUGGCUCACUACCGGCCAACAAGAACCUUGCGGCAACUACCGGUUCCGGAACGCAAGCAGCUUCGACUGCGUCAGCAAACGGUGGAACAGCAGCCGACGGUAGCUACUGUGAACUAUGCCGAACCGUUCUUCAUUCCAUCCCGGUCACGUAUCACAUGCGACUUGCACAUCCAGGAUGUGGACGUCCCGCCGGUGGCCAAGGCUACAACUCGAACGGUGUGUACUGCGAAGGUUGGGCCGGAGACUGCGGAGAUGGUGGGCACGGUGUGUCGAGCUGGUAUUUACUGUGCGAAGCGUGCCGUAAACGGUAUGAAGGAACCACUCCGGCACCAUUGCCCGUUGGAUCUCAGGCGGCUUUGUCUGCUGCAGCCGAACGAAGAAAUGAGCCACCACGAUCGACGCUACCCUCGGAGCUAUUUGCAAUGAUGAAAGAGAACGCCUUCUUCCUGCUGGAUCUGGCCCCGGUUGAAUCAUCCGCAUGUAGCGGCAGUACGGCAAGCACCGGUGAGGCAUCACUCACCGAGGUUACGGAUGCAUUCGAGUGGCCUGCACCACCGGACCGUCCUGCGUGCUUAAGUACGUUCGUGGUGGAUUCCGAGGUGUCACAGCAGACAGCGACCCGGUACCCGAACGAUGGCACUCCAAGCCAUUUUCUGCCCCUUUCGGGUGGUAAAUUUCAUCGCAGCGUAUCAAUGGGCCAAGGUGCAGGACCUUCCGUGGUGUUACGUCGUCGGCAGCGACGUGAGGACGAGCGUUCCGAUGCGAAUCUGUUAAACCAUCCGUCGGAGAAUUUACGCCGCCUGGUGCCACUGGAAGUGGGGACGUUGAAUGGUGGUGGCGGUGGGAAUGGCCUCCCGGGGGGAUCAGGUAGCAAUGGUACCGUGGGUUUGCUGGGACGUCCAGCGAUGGUGUUUAUUCUGGAACGGCAUAAUCUGGAUCGCCUUCGUCGGUUGCUUAUAAGACAGUUGCGUCGUUCGCUUUGUCACCGGUACAGCUUGCAGGCGUUCAAUUGGUUGCUCCGGCAGUUAACGGAACCGAUCGGAUUACACGACGUCAUGUGGUGGUUCGUGUCAGCGCUGGCAACUAACGACGCGGAUGUCGAGCUCACGGACGCGGAGUCUGAACUCGGACUCGAACAUCCGGCCAGUAGUUGUGAGGGACAUCUUAGUCGUGGCAUUUCGCGAGCCUUACAUGCCUUCUUGUCGACUGUGUCGGAGCUGACAUUGCACUUCCCGCUCGGGUCUCCGCUUCAGCGUAUCGCGGUGCAGUGUUUCGGUUUACGGUUCGUACCUUCUGAUCAUCAGUUUCUGCACCGCGUCAAUGUGUUUGGUAACAUUUCGCGGAUCCUGUCGAAGUCGGAGGAGGAAGAAGAACGAGCACUCGAGGCGCAAUCCGUCCGUGGUCAUUUACUGGGAGCUCCUGACGUGGCUGCUAUUGAAGUAACGCUCUUCCAGGAUGUGACCGAUUUGUAUGAGCUCACCGUUUCAUCGCGUCCUGCACUCACGCAGGCUCUAUUGGAUAACUCCACUGAAACGUUUUGGGAAAGCGACGAAGAGGAUCGAGGAAAGCCAAAAACGAUCGAGUUGAUCCCCGUUGGGCGGGCAGGAUCUGGAGCGCCGGGUGUUGGUUGCCAGUUGGCGUUGAUCGCCGUCCAUGUAGACAACAGCCGGGAUGUUGCUUGCAAGGUGACAUCGUUACUGCUGUAUGGAGGAUCGCACAUAAAUAACGCCACUGGCACGGGAGAAUUAUCACUGUUACGCACGAUUGAGAUCGAUCCCGCCGCUUGUGCCUGGCAAACCAUUCCGGUGUCAUCCUCGUCGAGCGGAGCCCCCGGCCAUGGUUGCACCAGUGGUCACCAUCGGCUGGAGAUUCGUGGUCCAGACGCAACGCUACGCAUUCGACAGGUGAAGCUGUACGGAACUCGAUCUGAAAAUCCCGCAUCAUCCGUGGCGGCACCAAAUGUACCUGCGCUUCCAUUGCCAAGACAGGUUCAGUCGCGCUUGUGCGAACAGGAAACGCUUCGUGUCUUUCGCUUACUAACUGGGCAGGUGUUUGGGAAGCUUCUGGAGGAAACUUCGAUGCUUGUUGCGCCGGCUGGUGGCACUAAUGGUAGCACGGGUUCGACCGUAAACGGUGGCAAUGGUGGAGAUGGUUGCGCUACGGAAUUGUCCCCGUUGCCGUCGCUGUCGGAAUCCAUCCAUGAUUUGCGUGAACAUGCGGUGGGCAUAUUGUUCAGCCGGCGUAAGCUUAGCCAUCUGCAGAAGCAAAUUAUCGUCCACGUGGUGCAGGCAAUCGAAUGCGAAACGGUGAAAGCCCGCGAUGCCUGGGAAUCGUUGCUUACCGGUGAAGCUAGUACGGCGAUCACGUACAACGAUGCGUACUGUUUCGAGAUGCUCAGUAUGGUCCUGGCCCUUUCCGGCAGCUCCGUCGGUCGUACGUAUCUCUCCCAGCAACACCACCUGCUCAAGGAUCUGCUCUCACUCGCCCACACGGGAAGCGAUCGCGUCCAGCGACAAGUAACGGCCCUGAUCCGCCGCAUAUUGCCGGAGCUUCCAUCAGACAACGUCUCCCAUUCGACUGCAAACAGCAGCUCGGUGGGCAGUGGAGCCAUUUCGCAUUCUUCCGUCGAUACCGACUCCGAGGCGUUACUUGAUGUGCUCUUAGCACUGAUAGCAAAGUCUUUACAGGUACAGGUAAAGGUAAAGAACAACGGAUCGAACGGACAUCAGCAGCAACCGCAACAAACUUCAGCCAAUUCGGCAGCGGCCCCACUCGCUACCACCAUUGUUAGCCUGGCCAGUGUAACGCCAGCGACGUCACAGAUUCUCGUGACCGGAACCGGAGGAUCGAGCCGCCUACAACGCCAUCGCUGGUACCUGCGUGGCUCGAUAGCGGCUAAACAAGCGGAAAGCAUUAUCGCAUUGGUGCGCGAUAUGGCCAGUGGAAAGCUCUCCGAACGGUGGGCAGCAGCAUGCCGAGCAGCCGUGGCCAGUUGCUUGCUGAACGUUACCCAGCUCGAGGAAGAUUACCGCCGUAAUGCGGAUGCUUGCAUUCGCACCGCAACUCUAUGGCUGGCUUUGGCCGCUUUGUGCGUGAUCGACAGAGAGCAAAUUGAUCGAUUAUCCUCCAACCAAUGGCACCGGCAAUCAGAAUCAAAUCGACCGUUGUGCAGUAACCACGACGAUGAAGUCACAUUCGCUGUCCUUAAUUGUGCCCUUUGUGGAUCACUCUGUGCCGAUUGCGAUCGGGUUUUGCAUCUCAAUCGACGUACACGCAACCAUCAUCGUGCGGUUUGCAAGGAAGAACAGGACGCGAUCCGUGUGGAGCUUCACGAGAGCUGCGGACGAGCCAAACUCUACUGGCUGUGGGCGGUGGUUGAUUCACGCACGCUCAAAGGCAUGCUCGAGUUCCGCGGGCACGAUCCGAGUGCCGGUUGCAGCACCGUUCCGGUUACAGCCACCGGUGUCGGCGUGUGCCGUUUCUGUGGUGCUACGGGAAGCAGCGGGUUGCUGGCGCUGGGCAACAUUUGUCCCGAUGCCCAGUGCCAGGAGUAUGGUGCGGUGUCCUGCACCAAGGUGCAUCCUCGCUGUGGGCACGCGUGCGGUGGCAUUAUCAACGAAUCGCAAUGCUUACCGUGCCUUGUGCCGAACUGCCAGUCCGAGAUGGAUCCGGGGCAGUACGGUGCCGCCGGUACACUGCCCCGGUUGACGCAGGAUGGUGAGGACAUGUGCAUGAUCUGCUUCACGGAAACGCUCGGUACGGCACCGUCGAUUCAGCUGCGCUGUGGCCACGUGUUUCACUUCCACUGCUGCAAAACGGUGCUGAUGCGCCGGUGGAAUGGACCGCGGAUUAGCUUCGGGUUCGCUCAGUGUCCCAUCUGCAAGGUGGACAUCGAGCAUCCGUCGCUGGAACCGUUCCUGGCGGCGAUCGUGGCCCUACGGCAGGAUGUCAAGCGGAAGGCACUCAUGAGGUUGGAAUACGAAGGAUUGGCUAAAGCAGUUACAGCCGAUGGAACAGAUCCAACCCGGUAUGCGAUGGAGCGGUACGCCUACUACGUCUGCAGUCAGUGUGGAAAGGCCUACUAUGGCGGCGAAGCUCGGUGCGACGCAGAAUUGGGCGAAAACUUCAACCCCCAGGAGCUGGUGUGCGGAGGAUGCAGCGACGUUUCGAAGGCGAAGAUGUGCCCCAAGCACGGGAUGGAUUUCCUCGAGUACAAGUGCCGCUACUGCUGUUCGGUGGCGGUAUUCUUCUGCUUCGGUACGACGCAUUUCUGCGACACCUGCCACGACGAUUUCCAGCGGCUGACCAACCUCCCGAAGGGAAAACUACCACGCUGCCCAGCCGGACCAAAGGCGACCCAGCUGACGGGCGAAGAGUGUCCGCUGCACGUGGUACAUCCGCCAACGGGCGAGGAAUUCGCGCUCGGUUGCGGUAUCUGUCGCAAUGCGCAGACAUUUUGA